AUGGCCACCCCUAGUGUCCUAGCCUUUGACGCCGAGGGUCGCGCCAUUGAUUUUGAGGUCUGGCUAGAUGACCUGCAGCUUUUCUUACAGUGCGACAGAGCUGACAACCUUUCUCUCUUUGACCUCACCUCUGGCGCCUCUCCUGCUCCUGCUGUCGAUGCUGAUCCCACUGUCCGCUCUCAGUGGGCCACCCGCGAUGCUGCUGCACGUCUUGCUGUGCGUCGCCACCUCCCUACCUCUGAGCGUGCGCAUUUUAGUCAGUACAAGAGUGCUCAGACCUUGUACGACGCUGUAGUUGCACGCUACUCCUCUCCUGCCACUGCUGCACUGAGCCGUCUCAUGCUUCCCUACCUCUUUCCUGACCUCUCUGCCUUUCCCACUGUCGCUGACCUCAUUACGCACCUCCGCACUAGUGACACUCGCUACCGCGCCGCCCUUCCUUCUGAGUUCUGCGCUAAGAACCCCCCCCCCAUGUACAUCACUCUCUACUACGUAGUCGCACGCCUCCCUGACUCCCUCCGCGUAGUCAGGGACCACUUUCUCGCAGUCUGUCCCACCACUCUCACCGUCGACCUCCUCGAGAAGGCCCUCCUCGCAGCGGAGAAGAGCAUAGUCGCUGUCGGUGCCUCUCGUGGUGACCCUCGCACCCCCAUCUUUGAGGGGUGCUCUCCUUCCCCCUUGCUGCCCUCUGUUGCCUCUGCUGCUGCGGCCGACCUGCUUGGUCUUGAGUCGGUCGGCGCGGCGUCUGCCCCUAGUGGGAGACGUCGCUCUGGCAAGGGCAAGGGGGGCAAGGGCGCGGGCGGAGCUGGAGGGGGCGGUGGCGGUGGCGGCGGAGGCGGCGGAGGGAGUGGGGGUGGCGGCGGGAGUAGUGGUAGUGGUGGUGGUGGUGGUGGCAGCAGCGGCGGAGACGGUGGUGGUGGUGGCACCGGUGGUGGUGGAGGCAGCAGCGGGAGUGGAGGCGGUGGAGGUGGAGGCGGUGGAGGUGGAGGCGGUGGAGGCGGCGGCGGAGGAGGCGGUGGUGGUGGAGGAGGUGGAACUGGUCGUGGUGGUACCCAGCAGCGGAGCGGCGGUGGUGGUGGCCAGCGCUUGCAGCGGCAGCAGCAGCAGCGUUCGCGGGACAUCCCUCCGCCUCAGCAGCUUCGUGAGUGGUACACUGCGCGUCAGAGGGGUGGGGGUACUGGUCCCUGCGCCUACGUUCUUCGUUCCGGCGACCGCGCGGGUGAGCAGUGUGGGGGUGCCCACUCCACCCAGCGCUGCUUUGGCCGCCUGACGGACGCUUGGCGUCAGCAGUUCCCCGGGGCUAGUGAGAUCCCUCGCUGGGAUGAGCUCCUUAGGGCUGGUGUAGCGAUCUUUGAUCUUGAUUUUGAUGCUAUCCUUUCUGCUAUGUAUGCUGUGACUUAUAGUGAGGAGAAUGAGGGUUACCGGUGUUUCCAGCCCGACCCGGGCAUUGGUACUGCUGCCCUAGGUGCUGGUGAGACUGCGCUCUCAGGUACUACGUCGCCCUCGUCCUCCCUCACUUUCACACUUGACUCUGGGGCUUCUCGCUCCUUCUUUCGAGACCGCACUACCCUCACGCCACUUGGCCGACCGGUUGCGGUCUCCCUUGCUGACCCCUCUGGGGGUCCUGUCCUGUCUCACUUCUCCACUGUCCUCCCGUGUCCGGCUGCCCCUUCGGGCACCCUGUCUGGUCUGUACCUUCCCUCGUUCUCUACGAACUUGGUGAGUGGUGCGGACCUACAGGAUGCGGGGGUUCACCAGUUCACUCCUGCGAGGCGGCGGGUGACCCACUGCACGGACGCAGACACAGGCCGACACCUGGCCACCUUUUCGCGUCGGCCGGGGUCGAGUCUCUACACCCUGACCACUUCGUCUCCUCCUGUCCCUGUGUCUGGUCAGGUAGCUGCGUCAGGUCAGGUGUUUGCUGCUGCGUCCCGGUCAGGGCCUUCCUGUAUCCCCUGUGUCGAGGGUCGCCUCCGGGCUACUCCUCACUCUUCCCACUUCCCCCCGACAGAGGCUCCGCUGCAGACGCUUCACAUGGAUGUGUGGGGCCCGGCCCCCGUCCGUGGGCAGGGUCACGAGCGCUACUUCCUGUUGGUGGUUGACGACUACUCGCGUUACACCACAGUCCUCCCCUUGCGCAGCAAGGGUGCUGUCACUGAGGUGCUGAUCGACUGGAUCCGCGAGGCUCGUCUCCAGCUCAGGAAGAGCUUCGGCUCUGACUUUCCUGUUCUGCGUCUGCACUCGGACAGAGGCGGAGAGUUCUCCUCUCGCCUUCUGCGAGACUACUGUCGUGCACGGGGGAUCCGCCAGACCUUCACGCUUCCGGACUCACCACAGCAAAAUGGGAUUGCUGAGCGCCGCAUUGGCAUGGUCAUGGAUGUCGCUCGUACGUCCAUGAUGCAUGCGGCUGCCCCCCAUUUUCUGUGGCCGUUUGCGGUGAGGUACGCGGCGCAUCAGCUCAACCUUCACCCGCGGGUCUCUAGGCCUGCGAUGUCCCCAGCCUUGCUGUGGACGGGGAAGGUUGGCGAUGCGUCUGUGUUUCGUGUCUGGGGAUCUCGGGCGUUUGUCCGCGACUUGUCUGCGGACAAGCUGUCCCCUCGUGCUGCUCCCUGUGUCUUCCUUGGCUUCCCCACUGACGCCCCAGGGUGGCAGUUCUACCACCCCUCCUCUCGUCGUGUUCUGUCCUCCCAGGACGUCACGUUCGACGAGUCGGUCCCCUUCUACCGUCUCUUCCCCUACCGCACCCCUUCUCUCCCCCCUCCCCCGGACUUCCUUGUGCCGGUUCCCCCCCCGGUAGACCCCCUUCCCCCUCAGGUUCCUGCUCCCUCAGGUGUGUCCCAGGUAGACGCCGUUGACCCGGUCGAGGUUACUGGUGACUCUGGUGCUGCUGCGGGUGCUGAGCCUGGGGGUGCUGACUCUGGGGGUGCUGUCCGCCGGGGUGCUGAGCCUGGAGGAGCUGCUGCUGGGGGUCCUGAGCCUGGGGGUGCUAGUGCGGAGGGUGCGGAGCCUAGGAGUGCUGCGCCGGGGGGUGCUGUCACUGGAGGUGCUGGGUCUGGGUGUGCUGAGUCGGGAGCUGCUGAGCCUGGGGGUGCUGAGUUGGGAGCUGCUGCGCCUGGGGGUGCUGUGUCUGGAGCUGCAGAGCCUGGGGGUGCUGCGUCUGGAGCUACUACGCCUGGGGUUUCUCCUGCUGCUCAGCCUCCCCGGGAGCCUCUCUCUCCACUGGAGCUGCGCGAGUGGUUCGCUCGUCGUUGGAGGCGUGCUGCUGAGUCUGGGGGUGCUGCUGGAACUGGAGCUGGACCUUCUUCGACUGACGAGGGUGCUGGUGCUGCCGGUCCCGGAGCUGCUGGGCCUGCGGGUCCUCUUGGAGCUGGCGCUGCUGAGGGUGUUGGUGCUGAGACUGCUGCUGUUGGUCCUGCUGCUGGAGGAGUUGGUGGCCCUGGUGCUGUCGCUGAGGGUGCUGGAGCUGUCCCUGCUGCGCCUGGAGCUGCUGAGCGGCCUCGACCGUACUUCGUUCCGCUGCUGCAGCAGGUUCUUGGUCUUUCUCCUCCGGUAGAGGGUCCACCGCCUGUCCAGUCGCAGUCCCUGCUGGAGCCUUCCUCUCCGCUACCUGCUCCCUCUCCUUACACUGGUCCUACUGGAGGUCUUGCUGAGCGUCGUGAGCCUGCGUCUCGUCCUGCGUCGCCUGUUCGUCCUGCUCGCGCUACAGGUCGCGGUUCGCGUCAGCGUCCUCCUCCUGUCCCUGGCACGCACCAGAUGUCUUUGCGUCCGUCCACUGCUCCUCUGCGUGCCCCUUUGCCUUCUCCUCCUGCGUCCUCUCUUCCUGCGCUUGCCGACCCUGCGUCGGACUCUCUGCGUGCUGCCAGUCCUACUGUCACGCGUUUCCUUGCUACUGUGGUCACUGACCCUUCUUUCGAGUCUUCUGCUGCGUCUGCCCUACUCACUGAGCUUGUCGACUUUGCUGCUCGCUGUCGCUUAGACUACGCUGCUAGUCUUGUUGCUGAGUCUGCGUCUGUCUGUCCUCCGUCCGUCGGGGGUGAGUGUGCUCUUGGCACGGACGUCCUAGAGGACAGGCAGGAGGAGUUACAGUGUCUAGCGGCUGCUUCACCUCAUCUCGCGUCUGUACUGCUUGCCCCUGAGGGAGACCCGGAUGCACUAGACAUCCCGACUCCGCGUUCUUACGCGGAGGCUGUAGAGGGUCCCUACUCCUCUCAGUGGCAGGCAGCUAUGGAUGCAGAGAUGGCUUCCUGGAAGUCCACAGGCACCUACGUUGACGCAGUUCCCCCUCCUGGGGCGAACAUCGUCAGUGGCAUGUGGAUCUUCAGGGUGAAGCGGCCGCCGGGCUCUCCGCCUGUCUUCAAGGCGCGUUACGUCGCUCGUGGCUUCAGUCAGCGGCAGGGAGUUGACUACUUUCAGACCUUCUCUCCCACCCCGAAGAUGACUACUCUUCGGGUGCUGCUGCACGUUGCCGCUCAGCGCGACUACGAGCUUCACUCUCUCGACUUCAGCACUGCGUUCCUGCAGGGUAGCCUGCACGAGGAGAUCUGGCUGCGCCGUCCGCCUGGCUUCACUGGGACUUUCCCUCCUGGCACCCAGUGGAGCCUCCGACGGCCAGUCUACGGUCUCCGCCAGGCACCGCGUGAGUGGCACGACACACUGAGGACUACGCUUGCGGCUCUUGGGUUUGCUCCUUCCACUGCUGACCCGUCGCUGUUUCUUCGCACCGACACUUCCUUGCCGCCGUUCUACAUCCUCGUGUACGUCGACGACUUGGUCUUUGCCACAGCGGACACUGCUGGACUCGCCUACGUGAAGUCCGAGCUGCUGAAGAGACACACGUGCACAGACCUGGGUGAACUGCGCAGCUACCUUGGCUUGCAGAUCACUCGGGACAGAGCACGCCGCACCAUUACCCUGACUCAGUCACACAUGGUGCAGCAGGUCCUUCAGCGCUUCGGCUUCACGUACUCCUCGCCUCAGGCCACUCCUCUGCCUACUCGCCACUCGCUCUCAGCUCUGCCUUCGGAUGAGUCCGUAGAGUCGAGUGGCCCGUAUGCAGAGCUAGUUGGCUGCCUCAUGUACCUGAUGACCUGCACACGACCUGACCUUGCAUACCCUCUGAGCAUCCUUGCACGCUAUGUUGCUCCUGGGAGACACCGACCUGAGCACAUGGCUGCAGCGAAGAGGGUAUUGCGCUACCUGUGCAGUACGUCGGGCAUGGGGCUAGUGCUUGGAGGGCGGAGUCCAGUGGUCCUUACGGGCCACGCGGACGCUUCUUGGGCUGACGACCAGGCUACGCAGCGGUCGUCACAGGGUUACACCUUCAGUCUUGGUUCCGGCUCUGUCUCGUGGCGGUCUACUCGCUCGUCUUCGGUUCUCGGCUCCAGUUGUGAGGCUGAGAUCUACGCCGGGGCCAUGGCUGCACAGGAGCUUCGCUGGCUCACCUACCUGCUGACUGACCUUGGAGAGCCGCCUCGUUCUCCUCCAGUGCUGUACGUAGACAACAAGGCCAUGCUGGCCUUGUGUCGAGAGCAGCGUCUGGAGCACAGAACGAAGCACAUUGCUCUCCGCUACUUCCUUGCUCGUGAGCUGCAGCAGCGUGGUCAGCUGCGACUUGCGUACGUGGCCUCUGAGGCCAACACUGCUGAUGUGUUCACCAAGGCGCUCGCGCCUUGUGACCAUCAGCGCUUCUGUACCCAGCUGGGUCUUGUGCCUGUCUUGCCUCACUUGCUCUCUUCCUGA